GCCAAGAUUCCCCGCCGAGGCCCCCGUCCCCUCCAUUCCCUCCUCCACCACCUCGCCCCUCUAACCCCAGAUCUGCCGCUCUGCUUCACCCCCCUGCCCGCUAGAUUCGCCGCCGCCGCCGCCGCCAUCGCCAUGCCGCCGCUCUGACCCAAGGGGAAUAACAAAAAAGACUCCUCUUUUCGGGGCCCGCGAGAUUCUUCCGGCCGGCAGGCACCCAUGGGGUGCGGCCACUCCAAGCUGGAGGAGGAGCUGGCGGUCAGGCACUGCCGCGACCGCUCCGACCUGCUGGCGCUCGCCAUCCGCCACCGCUACGCGCUCGCCGACGCGCACCGCGCCUACGCCGACUCGCUCGCCAAGGUCGGCGCCGUGCUGCACGAGUUCGUCAGGGGCGUCCAGACGCUGCCCGCGCCGCCGCCCGACACCGAGCUGCGCCUCCCCGCCGCGCGCAAGGGGGACGGCCUACCGGCAGCAUCGCCACUCCACCCUGGCGGCGGCCAGGGCCCCGCGAUCGCCUCCUCGUCCUCCGCGGCCCAGCAGCCGCAGGUCGCCAAGCAGGUCCGCAUCAACCCCGACGACCAGCACAUCCACUUCCACUCCGACGGGGACUCCGAUUCCGACGACGGACACAUCAAGUUCCACUCGGAUGACGAGGCCGACCCCGCCCAGCGCCGGCCGGAGAUCGUCCGGUCCACCGGCCAGCCCCCCGGUCCUCGGCCGCCGCCACCUUCCCACCAGAUGGGUCCGCCACCACAACCGUAUGGCUCCUCUGCAUAUGGCCCCCCUCCCUCAUACGCUGCUGCUCCCGCGUACGGGUAUGGUGCUGGCUACGGCCCUCCGCCCGACUACGGCAGCACCGCUGGCUACGACCCACCUGCCUACGGUGGUGGCAUGGGCGGACCGGGCUACAGCAGCAUGGGCCCGCCCGCCGUCGAUGGCUACGACCCGCCGCCGCCACCGGGAUACGGCGGCUACGGCCAGAGCUUCUUCAACAUGAGCUAUGCGCGCAGCCAGCCGCCGCCGCCAUCCGUCUCAUUCCAGCACCGCCCGGAGGCCGUCGAUGCCAAGGUCCAGACCUUCUUCAACAUCAGCUAUGCGCGUGGCCAGGCCCCGCCGAAUUCCGUCUCAUCGCACCAGCAUCGUCCGGAGGCCGCCGAUGCCACGGUCCAGACCUUCUUCAACACCAGUUAUGCCCGGGGCCAGCCGCCGCCGCCGUCCAUGGCAUACGAGCAACGCCCGCAGCCCACCGAUGCCAGGGUUCAAUAUUAUGGCGACGGCGGCGCGCAGCCACCCCCGCCCGGCUACGGCGGGUAUGCUUCCCCGCCGCAGGGCUCAACCUCCUAUAACCAGUAUGCGUACGGUGGUUACUAUGGCGGUGCGGCUCCACCUCCGGCAGGCAUGCCGUCCUCCUCCCGCGAGGAGGUGGCGCCGCCGCCGCCUCCAUCUCCGCCGAGGGUUUCUACUUGGGACUUCCUGAACCCAUUUGAGACAUAUGGGAGCUACUAUGAGCAGCCAGCUCCUGCGCAAGCGCCGUACACUCCCAGCAGGAGUUCCAAGGAUGUGCGCGAGGAGGAGGGCAUCCCCGAUUUGGAGGAUGAGGACAUGGAGGUGGUCAAGGAAGCUUAUGGUGAUGAGAAGCACCCUACCAAGGGGUACGCUGGGAAAGGGAAGGCAGCGAAGGAGGAGGGUAGGAGCAGCAAUGGGGAUGAAAUGCCUCGUGAAUCCAAGUCAUCGGAGGCAAGCAGUAGCGGGAGCAGCUUGGAGCAUGAUGUCCAUGUUGUGGAGAAGAGUGUUGUGGGAGAACAGGUGCAGCGGUCUGAAGCACGCCAACAUGUCGCUGGCCUGCCCCCAGCAGGAUCGGAGAAGACGUACGUUGAUGACAAUGAGGUGGUCCUCGAGAUCAAGACCCAGUUCGAGCGUGCCUCUAAUUCAGCCGGUGAGGUAUCCAAGAUGCUUGAGGUCGGCAAGAUGCCGUACUACCAGAAGAGUUCUGGUUUUAAAGUAUCUGCCAUGAUGAUUUGUGGGAUACCGACAAUGGAGGAGGAGUUCCUGCGGUUCGAGGAGGACAAGGCGAUGGGAUGCGGCAACCUUUCCUCGACACUGCAGAAACUCUACAUGUGGGAAAGGAAGCUUCUUCAGGAAGUUAAGGCUGAGGAGGACGAGAGGCUUAAAUAUGAUAGGAAACGUGAGGAGCUGAAAAUGUUAGAUGAGAAAGGUGCAGAAGCUGAAAAGAUUAUGGCCACCGAAAAGGAAAUAAGGAAGUUAUCUACAAGGAUUAGCAUUGCUAUUCAGGUUGUGAACACUAUUUCGGGCAAGAUCAGUAAGUUGAGAGAUGAAGAGCUAUGGCCACAAACAUGUGAGCUCAUUCAAGGGUUGAUGCGGAUGUGGGAUAUUAUGUUGGAAUGCCAUCAGAUCCAACUGCACGCUAUAUCCCAAGCAAAAAACAUAGACUCCAUGAUCAACGCUGCGAGAUUUGGGGAAGCUCAUAUGGACUUGAUCAAGAGUCUAGAGCUUCAGCUAUUGGAUUGGACUACCUGUUUUGCUGCAUGGGUUACCGCUCAAAAGAGCUAUGUUCGUACUUUAAAUGAGUGGCUGUUGAAAGGAGUUAUCUAUACACCAGAGGAAACGGAUGAUGGCGUGCCUCCUUUUUCACCUGGACGGUUAGGCGGACCACCGAUUUUCAUCAUAUGUAACAAUUGGGCAGCAGGUGUGGGGAGGAUAUCCGAGAAGGAAGUGGUCAAGGCAAUGCAAGCCUUUGCGUCCAACGUUUUCCAAAUCUGGGAGAGGCACAGGUCAGAACAAAGGCAGGGUAUGAUGGCCAAUAAAGGUAUGGACAGGGACCUUAGGGUGAUGGAACGGGAUGAACAGGCGAUGCGCAAGGCCCUGGAAGCGCAGAACAAGAAGCUCGUCCUUGUCUCUGAUCAGACUGGUGUAUCCUUGUCUGCACAGGCGUUACAUGACGGAGGCCCCCCGGCCGAAAAUAGUAGUUUGCAGUUGGGUCUGAGGAAUAUUUUUGAAGCUAUGGAGACUUUCACUACCGCUUCUGCAAACACCUAUAAGGAGCUCCAUCUUCGUGCUGAGGAAGAGAAAGUUCGAGUUACCCAAGAUAGUGGCAGAGUUCCUCCUUAACUCCCAUCGGUGUGUUUUCUGUUACAAGAGGACACAGGUCUUUGUCAGUGCAAAGAAAACUGACCCCGGUGAUUCAGAUUGG